AUGAUUAUGCAAGACAUAUGGGUGACUGGAGUAGACUGGGAUGAUGAACUGCCUGAAGAGUUGUCUGAGGAAAUAAAAAAGUGGUUUUCAGAACUAGAACAGUUAAAUGAACUACAAGUGCCAAGGUGUCUCGAUAUAAGGAUAGAUAGUACACUACACACCUUUGUCGACGCGUCAACUAAGGCAUAUGGGGCAGUUGUAUAUUCUGUAAACGGUGGAGAUAACGGACAGACUGUGAAUUUGAUAGCCUCGAAAAGCAGGGUCGCUCCUUUGAAAUCCAUAAGUAUUCCUAGACUUGAAUUGUUAGCUGCUAGCCUUGGACUACAGUUGACACAGGCAAUAUGUAAUGUGCUGGACAUGCCAGUUGAAAACGUGGUAUUCUGGUCGGAUAGUAUGAAUGUGCUUUACUGGAUUCAUGGAUCAAGUAGACAAUAUAAAACGUUUGUAGCAAAUCGUGUAGGGUCAAUUCAUGAAAUAACAUCUCCAAGUCAGUGGCGUCACGUACCAACAGUAAAUAAUCCAGCAGAUUUGACAUCGCGAGGAAGUUUGAUUCUAGAAUUGUCAGAUUGUUCGUUUUGGUGGCACGGACCAGAAUUUCUAAAAUAUGCAGAGGAACACUGGCCGGAAAAUAAGUUUGAAAUGACUGAAGAAAUGAAAAUUGAAAUGAAACGAAAAUCUGAAACUGACAAGAAAUACAAUUUUGUAAUUACUACGAAAGAAGAAGAUAGGCUAAAUCCUACUAACUAUUCAGACUGGAAUCAUUUAGUUAGAAUUAGUGCAUGGAUUAAUAGAUUCAUAGACAAUUGUCAAAUGUCAAAGAGAGAUAGAAGGUUGUCAAAAGAACUGUGCUUAAGUGAAAUCGAAGAAGCAGAGAAAAGACUUAUAAGAAUAGCCCAAAUUGAAUGUUUUGAACAAGAAUAUACGUGCAUUUCGAAAGGUAAAGCUAUUCCUAAUAGCAGCAAAUUGGCUCCGCUGAAUCCCAUAUUAGAUACAGAUGGUCUACUGCGUUGUAAUAGUAGGCUAAAAUACGCGGAUUACAUUUCAUAUGACGUUAGAUACCCAAUUAUUCUGCCAAGAAAACAUAGUAUCACAAAACUUAUAGUGAAACAGAACCAUGAGCUCGUUAAUCACGGCGGUACAAACCAAACAUUGUCAUCAUUAUCAAGCAGAUUCUGGAUUAUAUCGGCACGCGAAGAAAUUCGACAGUGGGAGAACAUUUGUGCUGAAUGUAGACGCCGUAAAGCAAAGGCAAGCAAGCAAAUAAUGGCACCACUACCUGUUGAACGUUUAAGUCAUUCAGUCAGGGCGUUUGCAAACACAGGGGUGGACUACGCGGGUCCAUUCAUUACUAAGCAAGGUCGUGGGAAAGUUCGGCUCAAACGUUAUCUUUGUGUGUUCACAUGUUUAGUGACGCGGGCGGUGCAUUUAGAAAUUUCGUACAAUAUGGACACAAACUCUUUCUUGAACACACUGUAUAGAUUUAUCAGUCGGAGAGGUGUUCCUGACACUAUAGUUUCAGACAACGGUAGCAACUUCGUUGGUUGUGUGAAUGAAUUGAGAGAACUGUACAGACAACUGGAUGAAGACGCCAUUAUUCAUUAUGCUAAUGAAAAACGUAUAAACUGGAAGUUUUUGCCGCCAAAUGCCCCCCAUUUUGGCGGAGCUCAUGAAUCAAUGGUUAAGUGCGCUAAGAGAGCUUUGUUCGCCAUACUGAAAAACGGUGACAUCACAGAUGAAGAGUUGAUAACAGCAGUUGUUGGAGCGGUAGGCUUGAUUAACAGCAGGCCUUUAACGUAUCAGAGUUCGAAUCCAAAAGACAACACGGUUUUGACGCCAAAUCAUUUUCUCUAUGGACAGGCUGGUAGCAAUUUUGCACCAGAUGUUAACAAUGUUACUUCUAGAGAUCUACAACGUAGAUGGCGUUUCGUUCAAGAACUUUUAAGACACUUUUGGAAACGUUGGCUCCAGGAGUAUCUUCCUACACUUGGUGUACGCAAUAAAUGGUUUCUGGGUACUCGAGAUUUCACAGUAGGGGAUAUCGUUAUGGUCAUUGAUCCAGACGUUCCGAGAGGUCAGUGGCAUCUUGGGCGAAUCACGAAGGUAUUUCCAGGACGGGAUGGUCAUGUUCGAGUAGCUGAGGUUCACAUUGGAAACAAUAUUCUCAAACGACCAAUAACACGUUUAGCAUUAUUACAAGGAUAUGAGCAGUAA